AUGCGGGCUAUAACAUUAAUACUCCAGCAACAUCAUCGAUCCCAGGCUGUGUGGGAUGGGAAAUUGACUGGACAGGACGCGUGUUUAACUAUACGUCGUGUGAAUCAUGAAUUCUGGAAUUACGUGAAGCAACACCCUUUACAUAAUCGCAUCCUUAAUUACCUUGAGAGGUGUGGAUUUAGGGGAGUUUUAGCAGUAGGUGAUGUGCAGUAUGAUGAAGGAAUCAUCACUGCACUUAUUGAGAGAUGGCGUCCAGAGACGCAUACAUUUCAUACGCGGACUAACGAAUGUACCAUCACAUUACAGGAUGUCGAGGUCUUAUAUGGCAUUCCCGUGGAUGGCCACCCAUUGGUGCAGAGUAAUGUUAGAAAAAUAACUAAAUCAAGGUGGCGGGAAUUGAUGUACGAGCUUACUGGUUGGUUGCCCGAAGAAGAAGCAAUUAAAGGUAGUAGCUUGUUGAUAAUAACAAAAUUAUCUAAUCAUUUGGAAACCUUGAUUGCCUCGAAUGAUAUUAUUGAUGAACACACUGAUGAGUCUGUGGUGCAAAAGAGGGUCAGGUUUUACCUGCUUUGGCUGACUGGUGGCCCGAUAUUCCCUGAUAAUACUGGUUCAUUGCUCAGUUUACUCUUUUUGCUUGACAUAAUAGACCUUGAUGCAAUCGGCGGGAAAGCUUGGGGAGCAGCGACAUUAUCAUACUUGUACAAUUGUCUAUGUCGUGCUUCGAUGUGUAAUAACCAUGAUGCUUGUGGAUUUAUUGCUUUGUUACAGGUUUGGGCUUGGCAGCGAAUUAUCCCGAUGUAGCCAUUACUUCUUCCUCUAAGAGUAAACAAAUGAGAUAUGGUAUUUACGCAGAAGUGGACUCGUCGUGGUGUUCGUGAAAGCGAGGCCCGAGCUGUGCUAGUAGUUUGUAGGAAUGUUUUAGACAACUUAACUGAUGAUCAGGUAUUUUUAAAAAAAAAAAAAAAUUGAUAAGAAAUGUGAAAAAUAUAACAACAAUAGAGUUUUUGUAGAUUUUGUUCAGUUUUUGCUAACUCGUACUGUGAUAAUGGGUGGAUUUUGUUUUAAUUUGUUAUAGCUAGUUUGCUCCAACUUGCUACUGGUUGUGAUAUUUUUUAUGAGCUUUUCUUUUCUUAGCAAAAUUAGUAUUUUGUCUAGGUUUGUUUUAAUGGCUAGAAGGCUACUAAACCAUAUUAUUUUGUUUUAUUUCCAUCAAAAUCCAUUAUGAAAUUUUCAAGUUAGCCUGUUGUUGUUAUGCUUUUGAACUGAAUAAAAAGAAGUGCUCCUAGCAAGGAUGUGGUCAUGAUACUCUUUCUACUAUUGAGUAUUUUUUAUUCUUCAUUUGCAUGGUUUGGAAAUGAUGAAGUUUUGUGUAUUUAGAAGGAAAGAAAUUGCUUGAAUGUUCUAAUCUUUACCUAACUACCCCUAUUUUGUGAAAAUGCAUAAUGGAUGUUUGUUGUAAUGAGAUAAGUACAACAAAGCUUCUGACAAGAUUCUUAAAAAAAAAAAAUGAACUAACUUGUCCUUGUAAAAAAGAAAAAAAAAUAUUCGUUUCCAAGUUAAAAAAAAUGAAAGCUUCUGACAAGAUUUUUAAAAAAAUAAAUGAAUUUGACUUGUCCCUGUAAAAAAAAAGGGAAUCCGUUUCUAAGUCAAAAAAAAUAAAAUGAAAGCUUUUGACAAGAUUCUUAAAAAAAUGGAUUUGACUUGUCCCUGUAAAAAGAAAAGGAUUUCAUUUCCCAGUCAAUUAUUACUUAU